AUGGCGCAAGGGACGGGACGGAGCAGUAGAGUGAUUGGAGACUACGUGGUUGGGAAGCAAAUUGGAGCGGGUUCGUUUUCAGUUGUGUGGCAUGCGAGGCAUAAAGUUCAUGGAACUGAAGUUGCUAUAAAAGAGAUCGCUACGCUUAGGCUUAACAAGAAGUUGCAGGAAAGUCUCAUGUCGGAGAUUUAUAUCCUGAAGCGGAUUAAUCAUCCUAAUAUUAUUUCCUUGCACGAUAUCAUUCAGGCUCCUGGCAAGAUACAUCUUGUGUUAGAGUAUUGUAAAGGUGGAGAUCUUUCUAUGUAUAUUCAACGCCAUGGAAAGGUACCGGAGGCAACUGCAAAGCAUUUUAUGCUUCAGCUGGCUGCUGGUCUUCAAGUUCUUCGGGACAAUAACCUUAUUCACCGAGAUCUGAAACCACAGAAUCUUCUUCUCUCCAGAAAUGAUGAGAAGUCAGUUUUGAAGAUCGCUGACUUUGGAUUUGCAAGGUCUCUGCAACCGAGAGGCCUUGCAGAAACAUUAUGUGGUUCACCACUUUACAUGGCUCCCGAAAUCAUGCAACUGCAGAAGUAUGAUGCCAAGGCAGAUCUCUGGAGUGUUGGAGCAAUCUUAUAUCAGUUUGUUACAGGGAAAACACCUUUUACUGGAAACAAUCAAAUCCAGUUACUACAGAACAUCAUGAAAUCAACAGAAUUGCAAUUUCCAUCUGAUAGUCAAGGCUUGUGUUCUGAGUGCAGAGAUUUGUGCCAGAAAUUACUACGCCGUAAUCCAGUGGAACGUCUAACUUUUGAAGAAUUCUUUAACCAUCCAUUCCUUAAUCCGAAGCAAAGAGAACAGGAUGAAUCAUUAAGGAAUAAAAGCUCUUCAAGGUUGGUAAGUGGGUUCUCUUCAACAGUGACCGAUCCUUCGAGAAGAACUGAGGAAAAUUAUCAAGAGGAUUGCUUACCUUUUGUUCUAGAUGAUGAAUCUAGUAGACCUGAAGGGAGUACGUUGCUUUCAAAGAAGAAGUCAAUGAAGUCUACCUUUGGAUUUGAUCUAAAUGCCAAACUAGAGUCAACUUCCAUUUCUAAUAAUGUAACUUAUGCUUCCAGAUAUAGUAGUAUAACACAGAGACCUGAAAUCACUUCUAAAAGAUUGGACAACCAUAAAAUUUCAGGAAGAAAUCUCACUAAUCCUCUAGGAUCACCAGAACGUAUAUUUGCAAACCCUUAUCCAAAAGUUACAGACUCACUUGAGAAUAUUGAUCAAGAAUAUGUUCUUGUGUCUGGGCCCCCUAUGGAUGUUUCAUCUUCUUCAGUGAAUGCUUCAAAGCCCAGCCCUUCCUUAUUUAGAACAGGUAGUUUCCCCCAAGAGUCUUCUAAUACAACCACCAGAUUAAGUGGUCCAAUGCCAAUCACUGGUGCAUCUACCAAUAGCAUGUGCCAAAUUGGAAGUUCAGGUAGUCAGGACUCUGCUCCUGGGACAUCACAUGGAUCAAUGGAUACAGGUGAUGAACAACCAUCAACUAACAUUAUGACUAGGGUGAAAUCAUUGCAAGAUUAUGCAUCUGCCCUCAGAGAAUUAGUUGAUGAAAAGACUGUGGCAAGAAAGCAGUUAGAAGCAUUUUCUAUUGAGCUUGUGAUUCUUGCCAUUUGGAAGCAAGCACUGCACAUGUGCCAUACACAGGCUGCCUCAGCAAUGGAAGGAAGUCCAAGUCAAGAAGCUUCAAGAUAUAAGAGGAGCACCAGCAAGAAGCUGGGUAGUCCCGAUUCAGAAGAAUGUUUUGAUGAAAACACCCAAGGGCCGAAAGAUUUAUCAUCUGAAAUUGAAAGUGGAUUUUUGAGGGAAUUUGAGCAUGCCCAAGAACUUGCCAAGGCCAUUAAGCCUGGAAAUACUGAGAUGCCAGAUGCAAUGGAAACAAUAUUUCAAGCCGCCCUUGGUUUUGGGAAGCUUGGUGGUGUAGAUGAGCUCAUGGGUAAUACAGAAGGUGCAUCCACAUUGUAUUCAAAAGCCGUUCGCCUAUUGGUUUUCCUUCUAGUGGAAGGACCGUCCCUGAUUCUCAACCCUCCAUUUUCAUUGACAAGAUCAGACCGUUACAGGCUUCGGAAUUACAUUGAUAUGCUUAAUAUCAGACGAAGUUAUACAGGCUCUCAGAGAACAACACUUCCUAAGGGUGAUGAUAGUCAGGGCGUCUUUAAGUAA